AUGGACCGGCCCGCAGCCGCCCCUACUUUUGCUCAUGCCGGCAAAGGUUUCGCUCCUUCAGCGGUGGCGUUCGCCCGCUCCAUGGCGUUGCAGGAAGGAACGGAGUUGUCACCAACGCUGACUGACAAAGACAUCAGCUCCCUUCUCCAGCGCCAGGCGGCCCGGCGGGCAUCCGCACACCGAGGCAGCGCCGACGGAGGGAAGCCGCGCUGCAGCGGGACGCGCCCGCCGCCCGGCCUCGGCCACAGCAGCACGGGGCUCACUGGGCAGCCACCGCUGCCUCAGCCGCCGGGCAAGCGAAAUCCUAGAUCCCCGCCCUCUUCCCCGGCGCCGCCGUGCAACAGCAUCCCGCAAACGUGGUCGCCGUGGCGAACUCCCCCCACCCGACUGCACAGCCGAGGAGGAGGAGGAAGAGCGGCUGCGUACCUCGACCCAGCUCCGUUCCCUUCCGGGUUGCGGCCCGCAGCCGCCUUCCCCUCCCGUGCCCUGGCCAUGGGGGCGGCUGCCGGCAGGGACGCCCAGGACGGGGCGGCUCCGCUAGACCCCGGGCAAGCGCCCGCCCUGCUCCGGGGGGUCGGGAGCCCUGCUGCCUCUCAGGACAAGCUCUUCUUAAUCAAAGGUGGACUUUUUCUAGGUACUGUUGCUACAGCAGGAAUGAUAGCAGGUUUUGGCACCACACUUGCCAUGACAAAAAAGAAGAAUCCAGACUGGUUCAAUAAGGGGAUUACUUCUACAGCUGCAUUACCAGAGAGUGGUUCAUCACUGGCCUUACGAGCCCUAGGAUGGGGCUCACUCUAUGCGUGGUGUGGAGUUGGAUUGCUGAGUUUUGCCAUCUGGAAGGCUCUGGGUGUGCACAGUAUGAAAGAAUUCCAAACUAAAAUGCAGUCAAUGUUUCCAGCAAUUCCUAAAAGUACUGAGUCCACUGUUGAAUGGGAAGACUUACUUAAAUCAAAGUGAAAGGCUCAGAGCCAUCUAGAGAUGUCUCCUUCGGCAAGAACAGGAAGAAGUGUCCCAUCUGAAAAACAGAGAAGAAAGCUCAGACUGAACACGCUACUGACUGAGUUCACUGACCCUGGGGGAUGCCAAUAACAUCUAGCAGUAAUGGUAUUAAAGGAAAAGAAAAGCAAACCAAUUUAUAUUGUACUUUUCAGCAUGCUUGGUAUAGUUAUUUGUGAGAAAAUGAACCCUCUAAGGUAAGUUGUGCCCAACUGGAAAAAGUACUCUUUGUGAAAGCUUAAAGAAGAAACUGAUAAUCAGUAGUAAAUAUGAGGACAAAACCCCAAUAAACUCUUAUCCUAUCCCAUAUUUUAAAAGGAAUUUUAGGAAAUUUCUCUAGGAAACAGAGAACAGUUCUUCAGUGACAUUUACAUGUCCCAUUAGGAAUGUAAAUAUCAAGUCAAUUAGAACAGAUCUGUUACUGAACUUCCAAGAUAAAGCAGACAGUGCAUUCUUCUAAAUAAGUUUUUUAAAUCUGCAACAGAGGGAGAAUCUAAACAAAACUAUUUUUGUAUGUGUAAAGGGAAAGCUUAAAACAUCCUAUACAUAAGUACUAACCUACUGAGCUCUUCUAUAGAGCAGAAAGAGAUCUCUACAAAGUGCAGUUUUCUCUGCAUAAAAGACUGCUGUAUUUGUAUAGCAAUUUAAGUUGUAAGUGAAAAAGGAAUAAAAUUGUGAAACUGUCUGACACAAAUAUUUUCAUGUAGGAAAGUGUAUGGGCAGGGCUAGCUUUUUUUGUAUAUCAGUAGCUCCUGUGGCUCUUCUACCAGGAAAAGCAAUGUGACAUUUGCCACACUGCAGUAAUCUCUUGAAGUGUGGGUGUAAACCAGGAAGAAUAAUGUAUUACUCAGGCACUGAAUCUGCAAAACUGUAGAUCUGUAAAAAUGCAGAAUUAAAAAAAAAAGUGCUAUCAGUGAACAAUCCUCUGUUGAAUGCUCAAUUUUCAGUUUUUUUUUUUUUAAUUGCACACAGCUCAAUUAGUUAGUUGUCAGAUUUAAUAAAGUCCUCUUAAAACCUGUCAUUUGUGAUUAAGUCUUUAUAUUCCUAGGAAAGAACAUUAAAAAAAGCUCUAAAUGUCAGAUGAAUAAUAGAGAAUGGUUUUCCUAUGAAACAUGACACUAAAAUAGUAUCUUGAAAGCAACUGAAGUAUAAUAGUUGACAUUUUUUCCAUAGCUUGAUGCUUCUAAUUCAGUAUUAAAUAAAUUGUGGUGAAUACUGCCAUCAUAUGCACAUGGAGAAUGGUACUAUUUUCAUAUUCUGUUAGUGUGCAUGGUGGUGGUACCUGUAAUGCCUAUGCAUAUUAGUGCUGAGUUAAGUACUAAACAGAACUCAAUAAAUUCAAACCACAUGAUGUCCUUAAGGUUGCUUACCUUUAAUUUGUAAGGUAGGAUUUGGGUCAUCUGUGUUUUUCUGGAUUAAUUACUCACAUAAAUCAUUUAUCCAAAAUGCCCUGCACAGUCAGUGGAGAAAGACAGGACUGGUCAGAGAGUGACUGACACUGUACUAAAAUGAAUAGCUGCUCUUGGAGUUAGACAAGUGCUAGUCCUGGCACAAGAGAGCUGUCCCUUCUGGUAACUGUUAGCCAUUGGAUCAGUGCAUUCUAAAAAAAAGUUCCUGGUGACAGGUAGGAUUUAUUAGAUCUGAAGGUGCCCAGAUAUAUGGAAAUAAGAGAUGAUGCUCUAUAAAAAUUCCUAACACAAUGGAAUAUGCAGACAGAAAUCACAGAAUGUCAGCUUAGAAGGGACCUCAAGGAUCAUCUGGUUCAACCUUUCUAAUAUUAUUGUUUAUAUGAGACGUCUCAGCACCCUGUCAGUCUGAGUCUUAGAACUUUCCAAAGCGGGGGAAUCCACCACUUCCCUGGGAGACCAUUCCAAUGUCUGACCUCAUAGUGAAAAGUUUUCCUCUUGUGUUCAAUCGGAACCUCCCCAGGAGCAACUUGUGCCCCUUGUCCCUCAUCUUGUCCAUGUGACUCCUUGUAAAUAAGAAGUUUCCAUCUUCUCUGCAGAGCCCCUUUAAGUACUGGAACAUCAUAAUAAGGUCUCCCCUAAGCUUUCUCAGGGCUGAGCACAUCCAGUUUUCUCAGCCUCUCCUCAUAUGGCAGGUGCUGCAGUCCUUUGAUCACCAUCGUGGCUCUUCUCUGGACCCACUGUCUGCAUCCCUUUUCUUACAGCAGGGACCAAAACUGAACACAAUACUCCAGGUGUGGUCUGACAAGCACCGAGUAGAUCUUUAUCUCAGCUGGUGAUACCCUUCUUGAUGCAGCCCAGCAUCCUGUAGGCUUUCUUUGCUGCUGCAGCACACUGUUCACUCCAUGUUGAGCCUGCUGUCCAUAUGACUUCCAGCUCCCUUUCCACAGGGAGCUCCCUUUUCCACUUUUCCAGCUCUCUUUCUAGCCAGUGGGAAUCUUUGAAACAAAAAUCACACGUACAGAGCAAGUACCAUGUUGAGGUGUAAGGCAUCUUCCAAAGAGGGAAUUCAUAGAUCGUCUUACAGCAAGCUUUAUUCUGUACUUCUGGCUGGAAAAAAAGUUUUCUCUAGAUAAAAGGUCUGUGUAGGAGAGCAAAGCACAAUAUAAAUCAAAUCUCAAUCCACAUGAGAAACAUGGAACAUCUUGGACUUUAUUUUUUGCACUGUGAAGCUCUUAUCACAACGAAUAUUCUGCUGGCUUUGUGAUGGUUCGGUUUUUUUCUCUUUCUGAAAAUGUUUGGUGAAGAGUUACUAGAAGCCACCAACAAAUAAAGGGGAAAAGUAUCUGGUACAGCAAUAGCAGGUAGAUACCACAGUAUACGUAGUUACUGAAACUGAGCAAAUAAAACUCAGCAAAAAACAACAAUGGACAGUAUACAUC